GCUCUUUACCUGCUCGUGCCGGUGUACCAAAGCGGUGAAGAAGGGCUCUGCGACCGCGACCUCACCAUCCUUUGGUUGCUGGCUCGACUGCAAGCCUACUCGGCUGGCCAGGCACAGCAGCUUUGCCAAAUUUGGCGUCAGCGGGCGCGUCGGUUGUCCAGACUCCAGGGGGCCUCGGCAACCGGUCGCCCGGACAGGCUCGCCUCGCAUCCGUCCAGCUGGGUGGCUGGCAGUGCGAAUGUGGAUAUGCAUGUGGACGUCGAUGCGAAUGCGGUUACGUCGCACACGUCGGGGGUGUCUGCUGCCUUUGAGACCGUCUCUAACCUUGUCGAGCCUCGACUGAUCCGUGUCCAUGAGGCCAGCGAUUAUGUGGUGCCUGUACUUCCGGUGACCUCGGCUCUCGACUUGCUCGACAACCCGAGCUUCGCCUGCUCCCCCGAUGACGGUCAGAGUUCAGACCGCCUCCAUCAGCCUCCGGUUGCCGAGGUGGCUGCAAUUGUGCGGCUCUCCUUUAACCCCGAGCACCGACAGGCGAUAUGCGACCUCGGUGGAUAUGUCUCGAGGCAACCUGUUGCUCCCGAAACCAGUUGCUGGCUCUAA